GGAACCGCGCGACUUCCUCUCCGCUCGUCUGGGUCGCCGUGUCUGCCCGUCGCUGGCCCGUCUCUCUCUCCUAGCAGCUGUCCCGCGCGCGCCCGCUGGCCCGGCUCUCCUACCCUGCUGUCACCUUCUCCACCCGCCUGGGUGGCCGCCAUGAGCCGGAAGGGGCGCAUCACCGACUCCUACCCUGCUGUGAAACGGAGGGAGGGGCCUGCCGGGCAUGGCAAGGGGGAGCUGGCACUCGAGCUAGGGGAGGAGCCCCAGCCGGCCGGGGAGGAGGACGCCGCGCUGGAGCUGCUGCGGCAGUUUGACCUGGCCUGGCAGUACGGGCCCUGCACAGGGAUCACCCGCCUGCAGCGAUGGCACCGAGCUGAGCAGAUGGGCUUGCAGCCCCCGCCCGAGGUGUACCGGCUGCUGAAGGCUCACCCCGGAGAUCCCCGCUUCCAGUACAGCCUCUGGCAUCUGUACCCGCUCUGAGGCGUCACCGAGUCCUGCCGCCAGCCAGCUGAGAGCCUCACACCAGGAGCCAGCGCCGGGCCCCUGUUGAGCUCCGCUGCAGAGGGAAACUCUGCAGCCGGCCUGGGGCUGUCUGGCUUAGUGCCUCGGCCUCCGUCCACUCUGACUGGCCCCUCAGGCCUGCACAGUGCAAGCUGAGCUCCUUCUGCACAAAGUGUGAUUUGUGGGGCCAAGGACCUGGCCAGGGCUCUGGCUCUCCCUUCCUGACUGGCACGACGGUCAUUCAGGCUGGGUGAGACACAGGCAGAUGGCCUUGAGGCUGAGCAGGGGACCCGUGGGCAGGACUGGCUGAGGUCUUGGGGUGACAGGAUGCACUCCUGCUGACCAAUAAAAAAACAACUGCACUCCUUGAA